ACAGCGCGCAUCGAAAACAUCUCCCGUGCGCGAAUCCUUUCGAUUUGUUUGGAUCUGAACCAUCUGCUCGCACAUUUGGAAAUAAUCGGUUUUUGAAGAGUUAUUUAUUUGCAACCUGCUUUUAAAUUUGAUGUAAGUUUUCCUCAGUAGUUAUGCAGUGAAUCCGAAACCCUCAGUGAUGCGAACAAACGACGAGCAGUCUGCGGACAGGGAGCGGGCUAUCCCACCCGAACAAAUCGAUGUCGAAACCCGGCUGAAGGCGGUCAAUCGGGAACUGGAUGAAAUCGGCGUGGAGUUAAGCCGGCUGAACGCUCGCCGGAAAAAGUUGCUGGAGCUGAAAGAGAAGCUACGCAUCCAGAAGCAACAAGAACAGUCCAACAUCAUCGCCAAGAAGGACUGGGAAUCGGAAGAGUUCGGCUGGUCCAAAGAGGUUCGGAGGGUGCUGAAGGAAAUUUUUCACAUGGCGGACUUUCGGGCACAGCAAUUGGCCACGAUAAAUGCACUGUUGGCCAAGCAGAACGUUUUGCUGCUGGCACCGACCGGAGGCGGGAAGAGUUUGUGCUACCAGCUGCCGGCUGUGGUUAGCAAAGGGAUUACGCUGGUCGUUUCACCGUUGAUUUCCCUGAUGGAAGACCAGGUUUGGGCGCUGAAGAAGCUGGGAAUACGGGCGGAGUAUUUGUGCGGGACUUCCGAGAAGGAACUGGUCAGCGCGGUGCAUAAAUAUCUGCGGGAUGGUGAUGAUGGAAAUUUGAAGAUACUGUUCGUCACUCCGGAGAGGAUUAACCGAAGUGCCCGGUUUAAGACCGCGCUGCAGAAGUGCUAUAACAUCAAGAAGCUGGCCCAGAUCGCUAUUGAUGAGGUCCAUUGCUGCUCGCAAUGGGGUCACGACUUCCGAACGGACUACAAAGAGCUGGGGAUCUUCAAGACGCUGUUUCCAGAUGUCCCCAUUUUGGGAGUAACGGCUACUGCGACGACCAAGGUCAUCUCCGAUGUUCAGAAGAUGCUGCAGCUUAGUGAAUGCCUAACGUUGAAUGCGCCCUUCAAUAGGCCCAACCUCUACUAUCACGUGCUGGAGAAGCCCAACGAUAAGGAAGAGCUCUACGAUCUGUUGGCGGAUCUUUUGAAGCGGAGGUAUCACGGUAUGAGUGGGAUUAUCUACACGUUUACGGUCAAAGAAACGGCGGAAAUUUCGACAGAGCUGCUGCAGCGGGAGGUAAAGGUUUUGCCCUAUCAUGGCCAAAAUAUGGACCCCAAGCAGCGUAGCAGAACUCACCAGAAGUGGAUCGACAACGAGAUCCAAGCAGUGGUGGCGACGACCGCUUUCGGGAUGGGUAUCGACAAGCCGGACGUUCGCUUUGUGAUCCAUCACACCAUGAGCAAAACGAUGGAGAACUUCUACCAGGAAAGUGGUCGGGCCGGGCGGGAUGGCAAACGAGCGGACUGCAUUUUGCUCUAUCGGCUGGCGGACAUGUUCCGGAUUUCGACGAUGUCGUUCUCCGAGUAUGGCGGACUGGACAAUUUGUACUCCAUGGUGAAGUACUGCAUCAAUGGGAAAGACUGCCGUCGAGUGCUGAUUUCGCGCCACUUCGCCGAGGUUUGGGAUGACACACACUGUGACAAGCUGUGCGAUCGAUGCUUCUUCAAAGACAGAGUGCAGCUGCCCGAACAGGACAUAACCGGGCACUAUCAAACGUUGCUGGCCAUCAUUCGGCGGGCGCAAACCUUGCAAACCAAGCUGACCGCGUUGAAGCUGGUGGACGCCUGGUAUCACAAAGGUAGCCCUAAGAACCGGUUGGAAACGCCUCCACCUCUGUUGGAUCGAUUCAUCGGGGAGCAGAUCGUAGCGCAUCUUCUCGUGAACGGGUAUCUCAAGGAGGACUUCCAAAUUACUCCUUAUUCGACCUUCAGCUACAUCGUGAAAGGACCGGCCAUCCCCAGCAGCGAUAGUUUUCGCUUCCAAGGGGCUCGAGUACUUCGAAUCCCGAAGGAUUCUCUGAAGUCGAUAAUGAGAAAUGAUCCGGCGAACUCCACGACAAUAACUGAAGACGUUGAACUGGUAUCCGUGUCUUCCAACGCGAGUUUUGUCAGCAAUAGGAGCGCAGUUAGCACGAGCACUCCAAAGCGAAAAGCCGUCGAUUGUAGCGAUCGAGAAGAGACCAGCUCGAUGAGAAGCGAAGCAAGUGAAAUCAGUUUUAGCAGUACGCUUCUAAAUGGUCACAGUCGAAAAGAGGGACGAAAACGACGGAAAAAUGGUUCCACCAGUAGCAGUUCGAACGAAAUCAAGGAAGACCUAAAUGCAUCGAAGAGCUUCAAUGAAACAACACUCACUGCUAAAAACGCUUCCAACAGCACGAUAGACAAAGCAGAAGUCGACGACGAUGAGGAUGUGCAGUUCGUGCCAAACCAGGAUGAAGUCAUCGUAAUUUCCUAGAGUUUUGCAACACGUUUAGUUUUUAAUGAUUUGAAAAUGUUAUUCUAUUUUCAUCGUAUGAAAUGAACCUGAUGGAACUUA